AUGUCGUUGUCAAUGCCGGGACCGUCCCAGGCGGGUCUCUUCAAGCCUGGAUACCAAAGUCACGAUGCUGAAGAUGGCGCUGUCAUCCGUAACAUUGAAGCCUGCCAGGCUAUCUCCCAAACCGUCCAGACAUCGCUGGGUCCCUAUGGCCGCAACAAGAUUGUCAUCAACCACCUGCAGAAGAUGAUCCUGACGUCCGAUGCUGCGACGAUCCUUCGCGAGUUAGACGUCGUUCACCCCGCCGCUAAACUCCUCGUCAUGGCCAGUCAGCAGCAGGAUGCCGAGAUGGGUGAUGGAACGAACAUGGUCAUUGUCCUGGCCGGAGAGUUCUUGAAGAAAGCGGAGGAGCUGCUACGAAUGGGUCUCAAGACGAGUGAUAUCGUCCAAGGUUAUGAAAAGGCUCAGAACUACGCACUCAAAGUACUAGAAGAUCUCGAGGUCGAUCGCCUGCAAGAGCUCCGCUCCAAGUCUGAACUCAGCAAGGCCCUCCGCACCGUCGUCGCCAGCAAGCAGUCCGGCACGGAGGAUCUCCUGGCUGGAUUGGUCGCCGAAGCUGUUCUCGCCGUCCUCCCCAAGAACCCGGUUAACUUCAACGUCGAUAACGUCCGUGUGGUGAAGAUCAUGGGUGGCAGUUUGGAGCAGUCGCGCGUCGUGAAGGGUAUGGUGCUCGGUCGGGAGCCCGACGGCACGGUCAAGAAGGCCCAGAAAGCCAAGGUGGGAGUUUUCUCCUGCCCCAUCGACAUCUCCCAGACCGAGACCAAGGGCACCGUGCUGCUGAAGAACGCCCAGGAGAUGCUUGACUUCACCAAGGGUGAGGAGGACCGUCUCGAGGCCGCCAUCAAGGAGCUCUACGAUUCCGGUCUCCGGGUUGUCGUUGCCGGCUCGACCGUUGGCGACCUGGCUAUGCACUACCUCAACCGCUUCAAUAUCCUCGUCAUUAAGAUCCUGUCCAAGUUCGAGCUGCGCCGACUCUGCCGCGUUGUGGGCGCCACUCCCCUCGCCCGUCUGGGUGCCCCCAUGCCCGACGAGAUGGGCACCAUCGACGUUGUCGAGACCACCGAGAUUGGAGGAGACCGCGUGACGGUGUUCCGUCAGGAGGAUGACAACACGAUCACCCGUACCGCUACGAUUGUCCUGCGUGGCGCCACCCAGAACCACCUGGAUGACGUUGAGCGAGCAAUCGACGACGGCGUCAACGCCGUCAAGGCCAUCACCAAGGACCCCCGCCUUGUUCCCGGCGCAGGCGCCACUGAAAUCCAGCUGGUGGAGAGAAUCUCUGCGUUCGCCGACCGCACCCCCGGAUUGCCCCAGCACGCUAUCCGCAAGUUCGCCGAGGCGUUUGAGGUCAUCCCCCGGACGCUGGCCGAAUCGGCCGGUCUGGAUGCCACCGAGACGCUGUCUCGUCUGUAUACGGCUCACCACCGUGCGAACCAGGGUGCCGCCGAGUCCGAAGAGGAGUCUGGCGAGGAUGGAAGCUCCGACGAGGAGCCUUACUGGACUACUGGUGUUGAUCUCGAGGCGGGUCCGGAGUUUACGCUCGAUACGGUGGAUGAAGGCAUUCUCGACCUGCUGGCUUCCAAGAGCUGGGCCAUUCGUCUGGCUGCUGAGUCGGCACGGACAGUCCUCAGCGUCGACCAGAUCAUUGUGGCUCGACAGGCAGGAGGACCCAAGCCGCCUGGUCCCAACCCCAACUGGGAUGAGGAUUAA